AAUUAAGCACUGCCGCGGCCGCCGGGAAAAAAAGUUCCUCACGGGGAAACUGCUCCGAUGAAUAUCUUAGGUUAGCCGACGUCGAUCCUUGAGCUGAGAGGGAAAACCAUGGCAAGUGCUCAACUGUUUGUUCAUGGACUGGAGGUGGACAGCCGGACAGCGGCACUGCUCACCGGUGCAGCCUGCGUUAUGGGAGCUCUGGUCGUACUGGUGCGGAGGGUCAACAGCCACCAAGAGGCAGAGAAGAAGAUCCAGAAAGCCAGAAACCGGAGGGCUGAGAGCCUGCAGCGGGCCGAGCAGGCUGUGCUCGAGUACAAGGAGUUGCAUCCACUGACUGACUCGUCUCACAUUUUGACACUGUCCCUGUCUGAGUUGACAAAGCAACUACAGGAAGGCUCACUGACACCCGAGGACGUUUUUUACUCUUACAUGGAAAAGACUAUUGACGUAAACAAAAAGCUGAACUGCUGCACAGGGAUUUUGCUGGAGAGUUUUGACCAGCUCAAAACUGUUGGCUCCAACAAGGACGGCCUCUUGUAUGGAGUUCCAGUUAGCAUCAAAGAGAACUUUGCAUACAAGAAUCAUGACUCUUCUUGCGGUGUGAUCAUCAACCUGGAGCAGCCAGCUCAGCAGGACUCUGUGCUUGUUGAAGUUCUGAAGAGACAAGGAGCUAUUCCCUUUGUGAAAACCAACCUGCCCCAAGCCUUACUAAAUUAUGAGUGCAGUAACCCCAUUUAUGGGCAGACGGUUAACCCACACAAUCUCCAGAAGACCCCAGGAGGUUCGUCUGGCGGGGAAGGGGCUCUCAUCGGAGGAGGAGGCUCCCUGCUUGGUUUAGGCUCUGAUAUAGGGGGCAGCGUUCGCAUUCCUGCUUCAUUCUGUGGGAUCUGUGGCUUCAAGCCAACAGCAGGCCGGCUAAGUUUAAAAGGUAUGAGGUCCAUUUAUCGAGGGCAAAAGUCAGUGCUGUCAUCUCCUGGACCCAUGGCGAAGGAUGUGGACAGUCUGGCUCUGCUUAUGCAGGCUCUGCUCUGCGACCACAUGUUUACCCUGGACCCCACUGUUCCACCUGUACCUUUUAAUGUGCAGGCGUACAAGAGCUCCAAACCUCUGAGGAUUGGUUACUUAGAAACUGAUGACUACACACAACCGUCUCCGAGCAUGGUCCGAGGCAUCAGGGAGGUCAAAGCCCUGUUAGAGCAAGCAGGACACACUUUGGUGCCAUACAAUCCGAAGAUCAGUGACAUUUUACCCGAACUCAUUGUAAAAGGUAUCCUGGCAGACGGAGCUACCACCCUGCUACAAAAACUGAAGGGAGGCCCUGUGGACCCCUGUCUUAAAGCACAGGUUUUCCCUUACUCUCUUCCCAAGUGGUUGAAGAAAACCCUCUCCUUCCUCUUGAAGCCUCUGUUUCCUCGUGUGUCUGUGGUGCUCAAUGCCGUCUGUGGAGUUGGAUCUAUUCCAGAUCUGUGGAAGCAGCAUGCUGCUGUUGAGGACUACAUUCAUGAAACGAUAGCAGAGUGGAGAAGAUGCAACAUAGACGUGCUGCUGUGCCCUAUGAUUGGACCAGCCUACAACUUCCUCUACUGCGGCAAGCUUACCAGUGCUCUUAGUUAUACAAUGCUUUACAAUCUCCUCACCUUUCCUGCUGGUGUUGUUCCUGUUUCUACGGUGACGGCAGAGGAUGAGGAGGAACUCAAGCACUAUAAGGGCAUUCAUCAGGACCUCUGGGACAGGCUCUUCAAAGAGGCUGUGUCUGGAGGUGAGGGUCUGCCCGUGGCAGUGCAGUGUGUCGCCCUGCCGUGGCAGGAUGAGCUCUGCCUGCGCUUCAUGAAGGAGGUGGAACAACUGGUUAAACAGAGCAGACAGUAAGGCCACAGGUGGAGCUGCUGUCUUCAGGGACUUCAGGUUAAAUUUACAUUGGGUCCAACGUGUUAAAGUGAACCCAGCUGCUCUUUUAAAUAAUGAGGAAUAAGUGUGCACUAUGUGAGAGCUGAACCACAUUAAAUCAAACUGAAACAUGAGAUAACACAAUUAAUAAUGAUUUUCAAAAUAUUUAAUAUUUUAAAUCUUUAAUAUUGUUUUAUUUAUCUGUUCUACACAAAAUGGACUGACUCAAGAUUUGAGCAUUUCAUAUCAAUUGUAUUGUACUUAACUUUAACAUUUGGUUUUUUUUAUUAUUUGCUUUAAAAGUAAGAGUGUGACACUUACGAUUAUGUGAUCUUUAGUGGGGUUUUUUUUGUUUGUUUUUUUGUUUUUUCCAGGAUCCCAUUUGGUUGUUCUGUUUUGCCACUACUGGUACUGUUGUAAUAUUUCACACGAUAUUGCAUGAACAGGCAUACAGGCAAUCAAAAAAUAAUUGAAUUCACUUCAUCAUGAGGAAAAAAAAGGCACCACAACCACAUGCAGCAAAUUUUGAAUAUUAGAAUUGACAGUAUGAUUAAUAUGGAAAAUAAUCCUUUGUCUUCUUGACCCUGUUUGUUUCUUUACAAGACCUGACAGCUUCAUGUCAAAUGAAGGCCGAGAAUAAAAUGAAGUAAAUGAUUUCUCACAGAAGAACCACUACUGUUGUUUGUUUCUACACUGGAAAUGUUGAAAUUUUCUUUCAGAUGUUGGAAUUA